AUGAACAAAAUAACUGGAGCUCUCAUUGACGAAGCAACCCACAUCCGGGCCAUUGCCAAAGAUGUCGUCCUCUCAGGGACAUAUUUCUACCCAAUUAAGGGAAUAAUCUACACCCUCAACCGCCCCACCCUCCGCCAACCCCUCCUCUCCCGCUCCUCCAAAACCCUCACCCUCGGCGUGGGCGUCACCACAGCCAUGUUCUUCUUCACUUACGUGCCCCAAGCAGCCAUCAUGUCCAUUACCAGUGGACCCCUUUUGGCUCCUUUCUCCGCCGCAUUACUCGUCCUCAGCGAGUCUUCCACCAUCACGACCUUCCUCGCGAGGUCGUUUCUCCUCGCGGAUGCGAUCACUGCUACGUUUGAUGCGACGCUCGUAGAGAUGGGUCAGGAGAAACUGCUUGAACAGUCUGGGAAGAGUAGUGGUGAUGAAGCUAUCUCCCGCCUCGGGAGCAAGGAAGAAGUCGAGGAGAGACAAACGAACAUGUGGAAUAUGUUGGUAAGGAGUGUGGUACUGCUGCCAUUGAACUUCGUUCCUGUUGUGGGAACGGUGAUGUAUGUUUAUGUGCAGGGCAAGAAGGUCGGUGAGGGGGUGCAUGAGCGGUGGUUUGCGUUGAAGGGGUGGAAGAAGGGGGAUAGGGCGAGAUGGGUCGGGAGGUGGAGGGGGAAGUAUACUGGGUUUGGGAUGGCGGCAUUCGCGCUGGAAAUGGUCCCGUUUGUGUCGAUCGCGUUUGCGUUUACGAAUACGGUUGGGGCGGCGUUGUGGGCGGCGGAUUGGGAGAAGUCGUUGCAGUAG